AUGGCGAGGUCCCCGCGCGGCGGUGGCAGCAGCAGGCGCAGCAAGUCCUACUGGAUGUGCAGCUGCGGCGGGUGGAACUGGGAUUGGCGCACCUCUUGCCUGGGCUGCGGGCAUGCGGCCCCGCCAUGGGCGAUGGGGGCGCCCCCGCCCAAGGCGAGGCCCAAGGCAGACAAGGGCGGCUGGGUGGAUCAGCCACGUGGGCGCCGUGCCCAGAGGCAGGCCCGCGGCGCGGCCUCGCGGGCAGCAUCCACCAAGUCGCAGACCUCGGCGCCGGCAGCAAGUAGGGCGCCCAGCGGUGGAGGCGCCGCGGCGAUCGAGAGGCUCCAGGCGGCAGUCGAGCAGCUCGAGGCGCUGCAGGCCGAGCCCCCUGACGGAGUGGACGGCUGCUUCACCGACGUCGUGGCCAGCCUGGAGGCGAAGCGUGCCGAGCUGGUCAAGGCCCAAAAGGCAGCAGCGGAGCAGAAGGCCUCGUCCCUGCCACGGGCGACGCGGCUCCACAGGGAGGCGAACGCCAUCAGCAAGGGCGAGAAGCGGCUCCGGGCAGCCCGCCUGGAGCUCGAGCAGAAGCAGGAGGCGCGCGACCUCGUCGAGGCCCAGCUCCAGAAGGCCCAGGAGAAGCUCGCGGAGCUCGACGAGGAGGUGGAGGAGGCGAGCCUGGCGCUCCAGGUGCUCGAGGAGGCAGCCCGUGAGGAGGCCGAGGCGCUGCGCCGCCAGCGUGCUGCCGAGUGGGCAGGAGCCAGCCAGGUGCCGGGGCUCCUCAUGCAGCUGGAGAAGUUGCCCGAGGCCUGGGGCUCCAGCAACUUCGAGGUGGCCUGGGCAGCCAUCCGCGCCCAUGUGGAGGCAGUGCGGGCGCAGCUCGAGGGAGCCCCUGUGGCCCCCAAGCGUGCGCCGUGGGCUGAGUCCUGCCCCAUGGAGGAGAUCAGCAGCGACGAUGACGAUCUCGCGGACGGCGGCGGCGCCUGGCAGCUCCAGCCAGCAGCGGAGCGAGGCCAAGCCGAGCGGUGCGGCAAGGCGCUGGGCGAGUGGCCAACGGUGGCCCAGGCAUGCAAGCGGGAAUUGGCGGCAGAGGCAGCGGACUUGGCUCCCCUGGCUGCUCAUCCUGCUGGCAGGUCGCCCUGGGGCCAGGGGCGCGCUGCAGGGCCCAGCUGUGUCCACAUCCUCCUGGACGCUGGGGAGAACGUAGUUGGGGCCAUCGAGUUCGGCACUAGCGAGUGGAGCGACCCCGUGGGCAGAGCAGGCGUACCUGGGCCUCCGGAGACGAUGGCCAGGAGUGCGGAUCCGCAGCUGCCUACCGAGCAGCCGCUCAGGGCGCGAGCUCAGGGACGGAAGGAGACGGCAGCCGGGGGCGGUACAGCCGCCACAGGCGUGAGCCGUGCCUCGCCCGUCUGCGCGGUGGUGCGGACCCAGUGGAUCGGCGACUUGCACCUCGAGUCGGAGUGGUGCAUGGUCAUGGACCUCGGUGACGCGUUCGACCCCAUGUUCCUCGAGCCGCGGGCGAUGUGCUCGGGAGCAAGCACGUGUGCUCAGCAGGCCUGCUACCGCCAUGAGAGGCGGGACCCCGCCUGCAGGCCCCUCUCGCUUCGGCAGUCGUUCGGGGACGCCUUCGGGCUGCGGUUCAGGCCAGGAGUCAAGUGGUACGUGAAGGAGCGGCGAGCACGAGGAGGUGGUGUUGGCGAACUCGGCGGCGAGCAGUACGUCAAAGGCUCGGCCUCGAGCAGCGGAGGGCUCCCUCCUGCUGGCGGGAUCGGCCAGGUGCGGUCCGCGGCGGCAUCGGAGCCCCUGCAGGCUGGGGAGGCCUUCGGCGGCGGCGCUCCAGCCAUGCGGCCCCGCCUGGGGGACAGCCGCUCGACGGGGAGCAGCGCGGCCGCCCUCUCGGCCACCGCUGUCGCCUUCAGCGUCCUGGGGCACGCGUUCAGCUAUGCCUGCGCGGGCGAAGGCGAGGACACCCAGGAGGUCGUGGCGUGCACCAAGUGUGGCGCCUACAAGGUGCUGGGCAGCCACGCAGGAGGCAAGUCUCGCCUGAAGGUGCAGUGCCCAGGGCCCAGCUACCUGACCAACAAGUCGGGCAGGAACCAGCGCAGCCUGUGGGAGCGAGGGCUCCAUCCUGGUGGCAGGCCUCGAGCGGACAAGCAGAGGGUGAGGGCAGAGGGCGUCCCUGCCUUGCGCUCGCAAGGGCCAGUUCCAGGACGCGCCCAGGAGCGCUACCUGGAGUGGCUCAGCAUGGAGGCGGAGCCUACAGGCGGAGCCUCAACCGCGGCCAGCAGCUCGGGCAGCGGCCCAGCGGCUCCCGCGGCAGAGCAGGUAGUGGAGUCGGCGGCGGCCAGCCAG